AUGGGCAGGAUUGAAUAUAGUGCAGAACUUGGAGGUGGUUUCAAGGGUAAAAUUCUCUACAAAGUACGGUGGAAAGGAUAUACCUCUGAUGAUGAUACGUGGGAACCAGAGGUUCAUUUGGAAGACUGCAAAGAAGUGCUGCUUGAAUUCAGAAAAAAAAUUGUUGACAAUAAGCCUAAACCUGUUAAAAAAGACAUACAGAAACUAUCUCUAAAUGAUGAUGUGUUUGAAGCAGAAUCUGACAGUGACUGGCAAAGUGAAACAAAAGAUGAUGUUUCACCAAAGAAGAAGAAGAAGAAGUCAAAAGAUGGAAAGGAGAGAAGUCCAGAUGAUCUGAAGAAGAAAAAGUCUAAGUCUGCAAAACUCAAAGAAAAACGCAGAACAGAAUGUGAAAAUUCCUCAGAUACUUUGGUUUCAGAUUCGAAACCAAAAAAAAGGACUUCAGAAACCAAGGAGGAUUCAAAGGACCCAAAGAAGCAGAGGAAAGAAGAUCCUAAAGACAUCAAGAAAAAGAAGGGAGAAGUUAAAGAUUUAAAAAUAAAAUCUAAAGAAGAUUCUAAAGAAAAUAAAAAAUCACGGAAGGAGAGGCAUGGAGAUGUUCAGUUUGACUCAGAAUCAAGUACUCUAGACGACGUAUUUUCUCAAGGAACUGAUAAUGAAAAUUCAGACUUAAAUUCUGAAAAUAAAGACGAGAAGCAAAAGGUAGUAACUGGAGAAGAGAGGUUGGAACAAGAAAUUGCUGAAAAAGAUUCCAUUGCUGAUAGGCAUCUUGAUGGAUCAGCAAGUAAUGAAGAUGAUAGUAUUGAUGUUAAGGUUAAAAGAAAGAAGAAAAAAAUUCAGAAAGCUGAAGAUUAUAAAGAGGAAGGUAGAAAAUUGGAAACUCAAGAUACCUAUUUAGAGAAGAGAAGCAUGCACAAAAAGCAAAAAGUGCAGAAGGGUUUGAAAUGGAGCACUGAUGAAAGAGGGUGCAAGUCCACCGAUUCAGCUGGGGAGGUAAGCAAUGUUAAGGCAUUGGGGUGGGGGCUGGGGAAUAAAUCGUACAUCUUUGAGGAGAAAGAAGUAAAGAAAACUGAAACAAAAGAAAAAUCUCAAAAGUUUUUUUGUGAAAAAGAAGAAAAGAACAGAAAAGAACAAAAGGGCCUAAAAAGCUUUAAGGACAUCAAAAGUGCAUUUGACUUUAAUGUAGCUUCAGAAGAAAAAAGUGAAUAUUCUGAGAAUAACUGCAAAAGAGAAGAAUCUUCGCUAGAAUAUAAAUUCAUAGAAGAAUUAAAAUCAAAAGACAGCAAGGUGUACAAGGAAAGGAGGAACAUAAGAGAUGAAACAGACACAUGGACUUAUAUUGCUGCAGAAGGUGAUCGAGAAGUAGUGGAUGUGUGUCAAAUGGAGAAAUCUGAUGGCAAGCAGCAAGUCUUGAGUUUGGGUAUGGACAUGCAGUUAGAAUGGCUGACACUAGAAGACUUUCAGAACCAUCUUGAUGGAGUAGAUGAGAAUCGUGUGUCAACAGAACCGAUAUCAAGUACUCUCCUGAGGGAUGCUGUUAAAAGUGGAGAUUAUAUGACAGUAAAGAUGGCACUUUCUUCAAAUGAGAAGUAUAAUCUGGAUCAAGAGGACUCGAGUGGAAUGACACUAGUAAUGCUUGCUGCUGCUGGUGGGCACGAUGACCUUCUCCGGGUCCUAAUCAGGAAAGGAGCUAAAGUUAAUGGUAGACAGAAAAAUGGAACAACUGCAUUAAUACAGGCAGCUGAGAAGAAUUUUCUAACAACAGUAGCUAUUCUUCUGGAAGCUGGAGCAUAUGUGAACAUGCAGCAGAGCAGUGGUGAAACUGCUUUAAUGAAGGCUUGUAAAAGAGGGAAUUCUGAUAUAGUGCGGCUUAUGAUUGAAAGUGGAGCAGACUGUAACAUUUUGUCAAAGCAUCAGAACAGUGCACUGCAUUUUGCUAAACAAUGUAAUAAUGCACUGGUGUAUGAUCAGCUCAAGAGUCAUUUGGAAAA